GUCCCUCUCCCUCUCCCUGUUUCUCUCUGUACUUUCUCGUGUUCUCACAGACUCAAACCUGCACACACUUCACAAGCUCCAUCACAAACACACACAGAUUCUCGCUUUGUUUCGCUCUCCCUCUGCCCCCCUCUUUACCCCUCUGUCUCUGUAUCUAUCUUCGUUGCUUUCUCCCUGGGGAUAUUUAUGCAGGGAGCAAUACUCUAUCUGGAUAUCUGAGUGGCCCACACUCGCCGGAGAAGAUGAAAGUUUCAGGCAAGUCUCAACACCCACCAAAAUGUUCGGAGAAUAUUCUUUCGAGGACUCGAAAUCCGUCACCGGACUCAGAUCUUCAGCCUCCCAAGUCGUCUCACCGACGAAAACCCAGAACCCCAUUGGCCCGGUUUAGGAAAAAUGGUGCUCCUUUGGGUCGACGGAGCCGACCUGAAACCCCUUUACUGAAGUGGAAGACCGAUGAUAAAGGGAAGAACAAAGAUCCACUUGACGAGGAUGAGAAGUCGGAUGCUGGAUGCGGCAGGAGAGCCAAAGGGAAGAAGCAAAGAGAGGCGAGCGUGUCUGUUAGGAAGCUCGCCGCUGGGCUGUGGCGGUUGCAGCAGCCGGAGAUGGCGCCGGCUAGGUCGGGACGGCAGCAUGGAAUUGGCCAUGGAGGUCACCGGUUUCCCAAUCAUCAAAAUGGUGUUAUCAAUGGUUCUGAUCUGAACAAUGUAUUACAAAGCCCUCGUUCCAUUGUUGGUGCAAAGAAUGGACACUUCUGUGAGCUUGAGCCAUCUUUCCUUCUUUCCAACUCUGCAAUGGAGGGGGCAACAAAGUGGGAUCCUGUCUGCUUGAAAACCCUUGAUGAGGCGCAACAUAUCUACAACCAAAUGAAACUUCUUGAUCAAAAGGUGAGCGCUGUGUCUGUCGUUUCUGCUCUUGAAUCUGAACUUGACCAGGCUCGAGCACGCAUUCAAGAGCUUGAGACUGAGCAGCACACCUCAAAAAAGAAACUUGAGCAUUUCUUGAGGAAAGUAAGCGAGGAAAGGACAUCAUGGAGAAGCAGAGAGCAUGAGAAAAUCCGUGUGUACAUUGAUGACAUUAAAGCAGAAUUAAACCGAGAAAGGAAAAGUCGCCAGAGGACUGAAAUUGUCAAUUCAAGGUUAGUGAAUGAAUUGGCAGAUGCUAAAUUAUCAAUUAAGCGUUGUAUGCAAGAUUAUGAGAAGGAAAGAAAGGCCAGAGUAUUGAUUGAGGAAGUAUGUGAUGAGCUUGCUAAAGAAAUUGGAGAAGACAAGGCUGAAGUUGAAGCAUUGAAAAGGGAAUCUAUGAAACUUAGAGAAGAAGUGGAAGAGGAGAGGAAGAUGUUGCAGGUGGCUGAAGUAUGGCGCGAAGAACGUGUUCAAAUGAAAUUAAUAGAUGCAAAAGUUGCUCUUGAAGAGAAAUACUCACAGAUGAAUAAACUUGUAGCAGAUUUGGAGAGUUUUUUGAAGUCAAAAUGUGCAGACUUCGAUCCAAAGGAGAUGAGAGAGGUACAGUCACUUCGACAGGCUGUGGCUGCAGUGAACAUACAGGAUAUCAAGGGAUUUUCGUAUGAACCCCCUAAUCCAGACGACAUUUUUGCCAUUUUUGAAGAAGUAAACGGUGGUGAACCCGCUGAAAGGGAGAUUGAACCUUGUGUUGCUUAUUCUCCAGCUAGUCGUGCAUCAAAGAUUCACACAGUGAGCCCUGAAGCCAAUAUGAUAGCUAAGGAUAUCAUGCAGAGAUGUUCAGAUUUAUACAUGGAUGAUAACGGAGAGAUAGAGGAUGAAAGUGGAUGGGAAACUGUAAGCCAUAUUGAGGAUCAAGGCUCAAGUUAUUCACCAGAAGGUAGUGCUUCUUCUGUGAACAAGAAUCACCACCGAGAGAGUAAUGUCUCAGGAAGUGUGCUGGAGGAAUGGGAAGAAAAUUGCGGUGACGAGACCCCAAUAACUGAAAUCAGUGAAGUCUGCUCGGUUCCACCAACCAAGCAAACAAAAAAGGUCUCAUCCAUAGGAAGGAUUUGGAAGUCAUGCCCAAACAAUGGGGAAAAUUAUAAGACAGUCUCAGUGGAUGGUGUCAAUGGUAGGCUUUCAAAUGGAAGGUUAUCUUGUGGUGGCCUCAUGUCACCUGAUCGGGGAUCCAGUAAAGGCGGGCUGAGCCCCAGAGAUCUUUUAUGCCAGCUGAGUUCUCCCGAGUCAGGAAAUCCGCACGGACAUCGAGGUAUGAAGGGAUGCAUUCCUCGCAGUACGCAGAAGAAUAGUCUGAAAGCCAGGCUUAUGGAGGCUCGGAUGGAAAGCCAGAAACUCCAAUUGCGCCAUGUACUCAAGCAAAAGAUAUAGAUUUAAGCAGAAGCAGAAUUUGCUGGCCAUUGUAUCUGAAGAAUGAUUAACAGGAGGCAGUUCAUUUAAUUUAGCACUAUGGAAAGUACAAGCAUCUUCCGGAAGCUGUGCUACAAGGAAUGAAGGGCCAUGAAUAAACUCACAUUCCCCACCUCAGACUGUGGCCAUAUCAUGCCUUGGUUCUUCAAUAUAAUCCCAGGCUAGGCACUGAGCAGAUAGUCUUUUCCAACCCAAUGUACCUGAUUGCCUCAAUACAAUGGAAUAAUCUGGACUGGGAAAUAGCCCUGUUUUGUAAUCUGUCUUGAUUUUGUGCAGGAUCCUAGCAAAAUCUUAGGGAAGCAUGUUGCUUUUAGUGUAUAAUUUAUGUCUGAGGACAAAUAUAUCAAAUGAGGAAUUAGAUUAUCACGCA